AUGAUCGAAGGAUUGAAAAGCAUCGACGAAUUAAAAGCCGAGUUCGAAGCGCUAGAAAAUGAAGAGAACGAGAUCGACGCGUUGUUACAGGAAGUGCACAGUACCAAGCCGGAUCUAGAGGUGAAAGCCGUUCAACUCCAGCGACUCGAUCUUGAUUCCCUCGAAGAAGAUGCAACACACCUGACGAAAAUGAUCGACCACACUUCUUCCUUGGCCGAUCAAAUCUCCAAAAAGGUCCGACAACUCGAUUUGGCGAAGACCCGCGUGUUUGAGGCGAUUCAAAGGGUUGAUGAUAUUCUUGACUUGAAGUUUUGCUCCGACGGGGUGGAAAAGGCAAUGGCGAUUCAUGACCUUGAAAGUGCUGCUGGACACAUUCAUCGGUACCUCUGCUUGGACGAGAAUUUAUUGAAGGAAUCUGUCUCAGACGAACGCGAAUCAAUUCAAACAUCUAUCGAAGUCCUUGAAGCAGCGCGGAAGAAACUCUCGGAACUCGUCGACAAAGAAUUUGCCGAAGCCGCCAAAGAUGGCGACGAAAACAAAGUCGAAAAGUACCUCCGUCUUUUCCCGCUGCUAAAGGAGCCUGAGAAGGGGCUGGACAAGUUUGGGAAGUUUCUGCAGAUCAAAAUCACGAAAAAGUCGAAAGAGGCGAUCGAGCGCGCUAGAAACAAGGAAAUUUCCUUCGCGGAUGCGGCUACUGUCGUUUUUGAAUCCAUCGCUGGUCUUGUCGAUAAAUCUCAACCUUUCGUCGAGACUUACUACGGUCCCGGCCAGCUAAAAUCGAUGGUUUUCCAGCUUCAAAAAGAAUGUGACAAACAAGCGAUAAAUGUUCUUCAAGCUUUUGACAUGGACAGAGGAUUCAGCGCGCUGAGCCAGAAGGUCAUGAAGAGUAAAAGAGGCGAUGUUGACUCCUUAUCACUCGAUGCUGUCCUGACAGAAACUGCUCGACUGUCCGAGCGAGGAGAAAUGUACUUCCGUUUCUUGCGAAGACGGCUUGCUACUGAUCUGGAAAGCGUCUCCAAGGGAGAAAAGCUAGACGAAGAAGUCCGAAAGCUAGAAAACUGGAUCGGCAACACAUCGCUUGCGCAUCACUUACAAAGUAUCAUGGGAAAAUACGUUUCGAUGGAGAAAUAUUACAUGAAAGAAUCGCUGCAGAAAGCGAUUCAGAUGGAUCAAUUCGCCGAGGGUUCGCUCACAAGCUCCAUGAUCGACGAUACGUUCUACAUUUUGAAGAAAUCGAGGGAUCGAGCGGUCAUGAGUGGGAAUUUCAACUGCGUGUGCGCUGUUAUUAAUCAUAUCUCAUCGUUGCUGGAAAGCGAUUUCUUCGAUACACUUUCUUCAAAUCUCCGAUCGUUCCCGAGCGGCGGCCUGAUGGACAACCUUAGCAUGGGAAUCACUGCGUUUUCUGGUACUCUAACCGGCGCAAUGGGAGGCUCUGGAAAGGUCGUUUCUGCUGGAGACGCUGCUGAAGAACAGCGACAAUUGUUUUUGACGUCUCUGAGCAACGCGGAAAUCGCAGUAGGCUACAUUGGAGAACUAGCCUCGGUGGAAAUUGUAAGGCGAUUGGGAAGAAAGCUCUCGGCUGGAGAAACGGAGAAUAUGAACAGCUGCGUCGAAGAUUUGAAGGAUCUGGCGAAGAAGUUCGAGCAGCUGGUCGAGAAUGGAAUCAAGGAAUUGAACAAUUCAGCGUUGAAACAUGAAGUCAAACCGCUGAUUGAAGAUUUCAGAGAUGUCCCACACGACAUCGACGACGACGAGUUCGCAGAAGCAGAAGCAAACGAGCCCUGGGUUCAAAACGUCCUCAUUCACCUACACACAGUUCUAGAAAGCUUCAAGCCGCGCAUGUCGCCCGAUUCCUUCGACCAGCUAGUCUCCUAUCUUACGAAUACUGUUGCAAACACUCUAGAACGCGCCGUGUUGAAGUCGCGUUUCACUCGCCUUGGCGGAUUACAAUUUGAUAGAGAACUCCGAGCGCUCGUCAAUUUUUUGACUUCUGUGACGAGCUCGACGGUCAGAGAUCGUUUCGCAAAGCUGCAUCAGAUUAAUACUGUGCUAAAUUUAGAACAGCCACAAGAAGUUCUAGAAUACUACGGAUCAUCUUCAAGCGGUGUCACGUGGCGAUUAAGCCCAUCGGAAGUGCGAGAUGUUCUUACCCGACGAAUUGACUUCAGAUCUGAAGACAUUCGCCGACUAAAACUUUAG